AUCUGUAAGAACAGCAUUGUGCUUUGUUUUAGCAUCCAAAUUCUUUUAUUAGCUGUAAAUUGCAAUUGGUUAACUCAGUGGUCCCAAUCAGCUGCCCACUUUUAACUCUCGCAAGCAAACGAUAAAGCGGAGGGAAGUUUUUGCACUUUUUUGUGUGGAUGAAAACAGAACAAAAGCACACAGCUAAGCGGAAAACCCAAAGCCCAAAAUCCAGAAACAGAAUCAGAGGUCGAGCUAGCCUCUAAUGGCGGCACCGGUCAAAGUGUACGGCCCAGCCUUCUCCACCGCAGUCUCGAGGGUCCUGGCCUGUCUUAUCGAAAAAGAAGUGGAGUUUCAGCUAGUUGCAGUUAACAUGGUCAAAGGGGAACACAAGAAGCCAGAUUACCUCAAGAUCCAGCCAUUCGGCCAAGUACCAGCAUUUCAAGAUGAAAGCAUAUCCCUCUUCGAGUCAAGAGCCAUUUGCCGGUACGUCUCAGAAAAAUACGCCAACCAAGGAAACAAGGGCCUUUACGGAACAAACCCAUUAGAGAAAGCUUCAAUUGACCAGUGGCUGGAAGCUGAAGGACAGAGCUUCAGCCCGCCGAGCUCAGCCCUUGUGUUUCAGCUAGCCUUUGCUCCAAGAAUGAAGAUCAAGCAAGACGAAGGGCUUAUAAGGCAGAGUGAAGAGAAGCUGAAGAAGGUGCUCGACGUGUAUGAGAAGAGGCUUGCGGAGAAUAGGUACUUGGCUGGAGAUGAGUUCACUUUGGCCGAUCUCUCUCACCUUCCGAACACGCAGUAUUUGGUCAACGCAACGGCUAGGGGAGAGUUGUUUACUUCCAGGGAGAAUGUGGCAAGGUGGUGGGGUGAAAUUUCAAGUCGGGAGUCGUGGAAGAAGGUGGUUGACAUGCAGAAAUAGCCACCCUCACUCCGUGGUUGAGACUAUGAUAACAUAUUUGAAUAUCAUGUUUUGCAUACCAUCUGAUUUGUUACUAGUUUAUGGCAGGAGACGGGACGGGUGUUGGGGCCAUUCACCAGUCCGUUAGUUUAAUUUACACAUGAUAAUCAACCAUGGUUGAGUUUUCUAUGUCUUCUGUUUAUUAUGAAUAAUAUGUUUGGAUUCUGAAGGGAUUCCUCAUAAAAUGUAGAAUUUUCUUGUAAAA